AUGUGCGACAAGCCGGAUCUCUCAGAGGUGGAGAAAUUCGACAAGAAGAAGCUGAAGAAAACCAACACGGAGGAGAAGAACACGCUGCCCUCCAAGGAGACUAUUGAACAGGAGAAGGAAUGUGUGAAGUCUUCCUAG